GCCCUCCCCGCCGGCGCGGCCGUCAUCGCCCAGAGCGGGUGCGCGGCGGGAGCGCGGGGGAGGCGGGCGCCGCCAGCGCCGCCGCGCAGAGGAGCAGGAGGAGGAGAAAGGGUGCGCAGCCCGGAGGCGGGGUGCGCCGGUGGGGUGCAGCGGAAGAGGGGGUCCGGGGGGGGAGAACUUCGUAGCAGUUACCUUUUUAGGAAAAGAGGAAAAAAUAAAACCCUCCCCCACCACCUCCUUCUCCCCACCCCUGGCCGCACCACACACAGCGCGGGCUUCUCGCGCUCGGCACCGGCGGGCCGGGCGCGUCCAGCCUUCAUUUAUCAAGCAGCUUUUCGGAAAAUGCAUUUGCCGUUCGGAGUUUAAUCAGAAGAGGAUUCCUGCCCCCGUUCCCGGCUCGUCCACCGGCCCCCGAUCCCUGUCUCUCUCCCGUGGAGGCGUGAAGCGGUCCCGCGGAUAGAGAUCCAUGUCUGUGCCCGCGCGUGUGUGCGCGCGUGUAAAUUGCCGAAAGAGGGAAAAUCACAGGACUUCUGCAAAUACCGGACUGAAAAUUGUAAUUCAUCUGCCGCCGCCGCCGCCGCUGCCUUUCUUUUCUCGUGCUCUUGAGCUCUCCGGUUGGGAUUUCUACGGAUUGACAUUUCUGUAAAGGAGAAGUCUGGGAAUCAAACUGGAAAUUCUCCUAAUUUUUACACCCCCCUCCCCCAACUCCUGAUUCAUUUGGAAGUUUCAAAGCAGCUAUAACUGGAGAGUUCUGAAGACUGAUGGAAUCUUUGCCUUAUGCAUUUGUUUUGUUUUCACAAAAAAGGAAACUUGACAGAGGAUCAUGCUGUCCUUAAAAAAUACAACAUCACGGAGGAAAUAGACUGAUAUUAACAAAAUUAAUAAUGUGCCUCAUGAAAUAAAGAUCCGAAAGGAAUUUAAAUAAAAAUUUCCUGCAUCUCAUGCCAGGAGGGAAACACCAGAAUCAAGUGUUCCGCGUGAUUGAAGACACCCCCUCAUCCAAGAAUGCAAAGCACAUCCAAUAAAAUAGCUGGAUUAUAACUAUUCUCUCUUGUGGGGCCGUGGGGCGGGAAGCGGGGGCGAGAGGUGCUGUUGGUACCCGGCUGCUUUUCCUCGGGGGAAGGAUGGCGCACGCUGAGAGAACAGGGUACGAUAACCGGGAGAUAGUGAUGAAAUACAUCCACUAUAAGCUGUCGCAGAGGGGCUACGAGUGGGACGCCGUGUCCCCGGGGACCGCCCCCGCGCCGGGCAUCUUCUCCUCCCAACCCGGGCGCACCCCCGCGCCCCCACCUGUGGUCCACCUGACCCUGCGCCAGGCCGGCGAUGACUUCUCCCGUCGCUACCGCCGCGACUUUGCCGAGAUGUCCAGCCAGCUCCACCUGACGCCCUUCACCGCGAGGGGACGCUUUGCCACGGUGGUGGAGGAGCUCUUCAGGGAUGGGGUGAACUGGGGGAGGAUUGUGGCCUUCUUUGAGUUCGGUGGGGUCAUGUGUGUGGAGAGCGUCAACCGGGAGAUGUCGCCCCUGGUGGACAACAUCGUCCUGUGGAUGACUGAGUACCUGAAUCUGCACCUGCACACCUGGAUCCAGGAUAACGGAGGCUGGGACGCCUUUGUGGAGCUGUAUGGCCCCAGCAUGCGGCCUCUGUUUGAUUUCUCCUGGCUGUCUCUGAAGGCGCUGCUCAGUCUGGCCCUAGUGGGAGCUUGCAUCACCCUGGGUGCCUAUCUGGGCCAUAAGUGAAGUCCACAGGCCUGCCACAAAAAAAUAUGCAAAAGGUUCACUAAAGCAGUAGAAAAAAUAUGCAUUGUCAGUGAUGUACCAUGAAACGAAGCCGUGGUCUCUUAAAAGCAAAAAGCCAACCAACCAACAACAACAACAAAAAACAGCUUUCAGGCUCAACGUCGAAUCAGCUAUUUACUGCCAAAGGGAAAUACAAUUUAUUUUUUACAUUCUUAAGAAAAAUAAGAUUUAUUUAUUUAAGACAGUCCCAUGGAACCUCUUCUCUUUGGAAACCCUCCCACUAAUUGCCAAGCCCCACCUACGUGGCUCCACCUGGAUCUCCUGUGCCUAUAAACACGGAUUUCUGUUCCAUGUUGUUGGCUAGACUGACUCACCAUCUGAAAAGCAAACAAACUGACAAAGGACUUGACUGUUCCAGAAGCUGAGUUUCUGGCUGCUGGAGGUGAGGAAGAUGAUGUUCAUUUUCUUUUUAGUCUUUUGUUUUUUGGGGUUUUGUUUUGGGUUUGUUUUUUUUUUGUUUGUUUGUUUUUUGGUUUUUUUUUUUUUUGGUUUGGGUUUUUUGGGUUUUUUGCCCUGGAGGCUGUGAUAUUACUAGAGGGAAGGUGCUUGGAGGGGAGACCAUUCUUCCCUGGCCUGAAGAAUAGGCACUUUUCAUGUGGUACACACCCGGUUGGAGGAAGAAAAUCGGGAACUUCAGAUGGACUUGCUAUUUGGCAAGAUUUCCACCCCGAAGUACAGUGAUCGGAAAAUUGCCCCUAAACCAUAGGAAAGUAUUUUUUUAAGCUACCAAUUGUGCCGAGAAGCAUUUUAGCAAUUUAUACAAUAUCAGCCAAUACCUUAAGCCCUGAUGUGUAUAUUCAUAUAUUUUGGAUACGCUCCCCCUCCAAAUACUGGCUCUGUCUGUGUAUGAAACAGAAUCCUCUGGAAUGCGAAGAAGUGAACAAAACUUUGGUGACUUCUUCGGCAUCAGGAAGCAUCAGGCCGCCACAAGUGCCUGUUUUUCCGCAAGAGGCCGUGGUCUGAAGUUCUGCCUUGCUCCGCCUCGGAGGCCUCGUCCUGGAACUGAGCCUGGGAACUCGCUGGUCUGCUCGAGGGGUUUGAAACAGAGCAGAGCGGUCUGCGGAUGUCUGCAAGCUGAUGGAGCUCAGAAUUGCGCCGGCAGGACAGAAGGCAGUGGGCCCGGGCUUGUCACCCUGGGGCCCUCUGGUCAGGCCCCUUUCCACGUGGAGCGUGGAACCUGGGAGCCAAGGCCUUUCCUUGCAGAGGGAGGCGGUGAAGUCUGGGGAGGCCGCCCCGGAGAGGAAACACAUGUGGCCUGUGCGCACUGGGGCUGCAGCGCAUGAGUGGCCUGCGCGGCCGCCAGCCUAUCUGUGCAGCUUAAAGCAAGAGUUUUAAAAAGACUAUGGGGAGAGUCAUAAAUCCUCAAGGAAGCGCUGAAAUGAGGUGUCAUGGAUUAACUGACCUAUGUCUGUGGAAUUACGAUGUAAAACAUUAUCUUGUCAUUGUAGUUUGGUUUUAUUUGAAAAACCUGACAGAGGAUGGGAAAAAAAAGUUCCAGGUGUGGAAUGUGGGGAUUAUCUGUACAUUCUGGGGCGUUAAAAAAGAAAAAAGAGAAAAAAAAAAGUCAAUGGCGGAAAAGGCUGGAGAAGUAGCAAAAGAAGUGAAAGCUCCAGCUCAUAAACUAGAAAAUAUUUUUUCAAGUUUAGAAUCAGCCUUGAGACAUACCUGGAGUAACUGUGGCAUUGUUGCAUUAUAUACCAUUUAUCUGUAUUAACUUGGGAAUGUACUAUGUUCAGUGUUUAAUGCUGUGGUUGAUAUUUCAAAAGCUGCUUAAAAAAAAAGAUACAUCCAUCUCAGCAUCUUUUUUUAAAAAAAUAUAUUUAGUUACGGCCUCUACACUAGUUUUUAGCAAAAAUGAUCGUUUUUCCAUUUGAGAUUUUUGUCUCUUCAUUCUUUAAAAGCAUUUCUGAGGAGCUGAGAUAAGCUUUGGGUCUCAGCUACCUGAGGAACCCUGGGGCAUGCCGGCCAGCGCGCCACUUUGCUUCAGCUGAGUUAAGUACCUUUCCAUGUCAACAGAAUUGUUUAUUGUGAGGGAUACAGCUGUUGUCCCUUUGACCUUGUUCCUUAGGUUUGCUUGUCCUUGGCCAAAUCAGAAUUUAACUCACAAUAUUUAGGAUUGCAUACGUGUUUGGUUAAACCCAUGAGGUUCAUUCAGUUGAAAAUCCAGAUGGGAAACGACCAGGGGAUUACAUUCUGGCCACGGUGGUUUGACCCUUAGUGAGACGGUUUCCUUGCAGACCUAUCUAGGGCCCCCCACCCUCUUUCCAUAGGGCCCUUCUCCGUGGCUGGCUUUCAGAUUCUUCCUGAAAUCCAGGGGCGCUUAUCCCCCACACGGAGAAAGCAGGAAACCCAUGGUAUGACGCCAGACCUCCCUGGCAGGCCUCAGGGAACAGGACGAUCAGACCUUUGAAUGAUUCUAAUUUUUAAGCAAAAUAUUAUUUUAUGAAAGGUUUACAUUGUCAAAAGUGAUGAAUAUGGAAUAUCCAAUCCUGUGCUGCUAUCCUGCCAAUAUCAUUCUAAUGGAGUCAGUUUGCAGUACACUCCAAGUGGUGAGAUCCUCCAAGCUGCUUUAGAAAUAACAAUGAAGAACACGGACAUUUUUAAUAUAAAGCCUGUUUGUCUUUUGUUGUUCUUGUUAUUGUUCAAACUGGGAUUUGUGGAGUAUUCUAAAAAUGUAUAUAUCAGAAAGUUCACGGGGACUAAUUUCUGGCAGAUUUCCCUUUGCUGUGAGGUUAUGUUAUCUGGUUUUAACGAUAAAUGUUCCUGGCCACCUGACCCCGGAGCUGUACAGUAUUGUGGCUGCACUCUCUCUAAGAGUAGUAAAAGUUGCAUUUUUCUUGUUGUUAAAAACAUGUUAGAAGCAAUGAAUGUAUAUAAAAGCCUUGACUAGUCAUUUUUUCUCCUCCUUUUCUUUUUUCUUGUUGUCUCAAUCAUUUUGCCAUCAGACAGCCGAGAACGGUUCCUCCCUAUUUCAUGUGGAGGAGGGGGUCACCAUCAGCAUGUUGCAUGUGUUGACCCAGGUCAGAGUUCAACAGAACAUGUGCACUUUCCAAAUGGAGGUCACGGGCUCUAAAAAGAGCCACAAGGAAAAAAGCACCCAAGAACCUCUUGGGUCCGCCCAAGUCCUCACUGCACAAGCAGUCUGAAAGAGAGAUCAAGAUGACAGCUCACGUGUUCUACAGCAAACAGCUCAUCGCAGAUUUUACACUGGCUGAAAAGUCUUGCAGGCUUAAGAUCUGAAUUAAAGUCACAUUUGGAAUUAAGGCAGUACCUUGCUAUAGUUCAAGCCAAAAACCAACAUCCUCUGCCCCAUCUCACUUAUCUCUGCAUGUUCAGAUAUGAUCUUCCAUUUAGACGUGACUUUUAUUUCAUUAGGAAGUGUUUAUGCUUAUCAUCUGAAGAGUUAGUCCUGGCCAAUGUGGGAAAUUAGGAAGUGACUGUAAAUCAAGAGGAGUUCUAGUAAUCAGGAUUACACUUAAACAGGUAGGGCAGUCCCAACAGAUGCCUGGCUUUUUCGCAUUAAGGAUCUAUGGAAUGAACAGCAUUGCAAAUGGUCUAUACUGUAAUUAAACUUGUGCUGAAAUGACUAAUUUAUAAAUGUGAACUUAAAUUCUAAUUUCGAUUGUACUUUUAGGGCAGCGGCUGUUUUUAUACUUCCUUAUCACUGAUGGUUAGUAAUGUACACCUCCUCUAUCAGAAAAAAACAGGAAGGGCUUGAAAUAUAAGCCAUUCUAAGGAAAUUAGGGAGUCGGUUGAAAUUCUAUUCUGAUCUUAUUCUGUGGUGUCUUUUGCAGCCCAGACAAAUGUGGUUACACACUUUUUAAGAAAUACAAUUCUACAUUGUCAGCCUUAUGAAGGUUCCAAUCAGAUCUUUAUUGUUAUUCAAUUUGAAUCUUCCUAGGGAUUUUUUUUUAAUUAUUAUGGGACAAAGGACAUUUGUUGCGGGGGUGGGAGGGAGGAAUAAUUUUCAAAUGAGCAAAACAUUCCCAAGAUUGCAUCAGGGUGUGGAGGCUUUCAAAACAGCCAGGGCUGUAGGAUGUGAAAUGGAAACAACUGGGAACUUCACCAGGGUCAAUGUGAUGCCUCAGUGAAGGACCUUGUGCAACAAACAAGAAACAUUUUAAAAUUCUGGUGUAUAUUUAGCUUCUAGAGACAACAGAACAACUCAAAGUCCAGCUCUGUAUGACAGUGCAGAUGGACCAAAACUCUUUUAAACAUCUGCCUUCAAUGGUAUUAUUCUCAAGCCUGGAUGUGUCUAAUGGCUAUUUAAACAAUACAUUUGCAGUUGUAACCAACAGGAUAUUUAAUGAAAACCUUCUGGUUGGUAGGGACUUCUGUUUCUAAAUAUUUAUUAUGCACCAUAUUGGAGGGGAAAAAAAGUGAGACUGAAUUGGGUAAGUAAUAAUACAGGUUCCCUUAUCCUUACCCAAAGAAUCAUUCUGGUACAUGUCUGUUCUCACUGGACAGGCCCUUAGACAACCACGAAAUAUUCAUCCCACAGGCACAAAGAAAACCAGAUGGAGUAUGAAUGGUAUUGCCCUAAUUCAUCACGACUGCCCCAGGAGAAUAACUGAAAGCCAAUAUAUAUCCUAUUGAUGACAAGGUGGUUUGGGGUCCCAAGGUGAGCUCAGCAGACAGAAAUACUUGUGGAAGAUGGAAAGGCUCAAUCAAAAGAUCCUGGGACUGUUGCUAACUAUGACUAUUGUGUAUUAGUAAUGCCAUAUACUGAAGGCUUUGGGGGAAUCUGCAGUGGGCCUUCCAGCCAGCGCAUUUCAUUAAGUUUUGCCUCUGAGGUAGCGUUUGAAGCAGUGAUAGCUGGUCAGAUUUCGUUAGGUGGUUGUCUUCAUUAUUAAACUAUCUUCUUAAGUUUUCAGCCAAGUUUUGCUUCUGUUUUGAGUUACUGGGAUUAUUUUUGUUUUCAAUAAAGUAAGUGUAUAAAAAGCAUUUUUGUAGUGAAAGCUUUUAUUAUCAAGAUUUUCACACGUCUGCCUUCCAUGAGCUCUUUUGAAGAUUGAUACUUUCUUGGGGUGGCUGAUAGCCUGCACCACCACACACAUACACACAAAUAUAUGAUAAGCAUACUUCAGAUAGUUGAGAUAAAAUAAGUCUCUGGUUGGCCAAUAUUAAAUAUAAUGGCAUUUUCUUUGUGUUGUUGGAAAAAGUCACAUUGCCAUUAACUUUCCUUGUCUGUCCACUUAAUAUUGUGAAGAAAAAUAAAGUACAAUGUGAGAUA